CCACUGAAACUCGUUUUCUGCAGGCUCAGAUUGCAAUCAUACAGUGCAUUUUUUCAACGUGAUUUCUCAUCUGUGGUGGUGUGCACCUUCGUAGUGUUAACAUACAGAUAGUAUUUUCUUGGAUAUUCACGAUGGGACUCUCACUUUCGACACUCGUGGAUAUCAUGAUCACAACUUUUAUGUGCUACUUCUUUCGCAGAAAUCGCCCAACCUUUACAGACACUAUCCGUAUCAUCGACGCCCUGACGUUCUGGACAAUUCAGAAUGGCUCAAUGACAAGUACUGCGACCAUCGCGACAUUGAUUUGCUGGAAAGUUAUGCCUCAGAACCUCAUAUUCCUAGGUCUUCACUUCAUUGUAGCAAAAUUACAUGCAAAUUCCCUUUUAGCUACUCUCAAUGCCAGAAAGCAAAUCUGGAACGGAAAGCAACACACUCCUACAAACGAUCGAUCUAUGCCAAUCGUCUUUUUGGAGAACUUUGAGCACGCACCUGAAUCUUCGACCAUACAACAGGAAUUCUAGAUGCAGUUUUAUGCUUGCGAGUCGCCAACUGAAAGCAGGGCACCAACGUGGAAAUUUGGUGCAAGUAAAUGUCGAGGUGCAGACAGACAGCGGCGCAGACCCAGUUUGAUGUUCUGUAGUUCGAACACUAUGCUAAUGACACUCUCACGACCCUUGUUUGCUGUGUCUCUGAGCUGCGAGCCCCUCGGCCCUGUCUAUUGGUCAA